GUACUCAGAGGUGACUGGCAGAGACACUGUAAUCCUUAUUACUCUGCGUUGCUUUCCUGGCACUGCUGCCUAAACUUCAGGGGCAGGGAGCUCCCCACCAAAUCAGUGAGAGCCAGAGGUUGUUGUUUGUAGUUGCCCUCAGCAGCAGCAGUACAGAGGGGCCGCACAGCAGGGGAGGAGGGACAGUCCUGUAUAAAUAAAUAAGCCCUGAUGGCAAAGGACUGGAUGAGAAUGAGGAGCACACUUCACCCUGCCUACACUUGCAGCAACCUCACUUUGCAUGUAUAAAAAGGCAUUGAAACUUCAGCAGCAGUAGUGUCAGCCAUCAGCAAGAGGCAGGCACAGAGAUGCUACAGAAGCCUUUGAAUUACAGGAGAUGACAGACUCACUGAGGGCUGCUGAAAGGCGACUUUUCUGAUGCUGCUGGGGCACUGUAGAAGAGCUGCAUGUGAAUUCCUCACUGAGGGAAAAACUUUGCCAGCCCUGCAGUUGCAAUUGAAUGAACAGUGAGGCCCUGAGCAGGGAAAUUGAGGCGAGACACAGGGAUAUUCAUUUUAUACGAUAAAGCACUGCUGCCUGCUGAACCUCGGCUCAGAGAGGCUGCUGGGAAGGCAGGGUUGACGUCUGGAACAUUGUUGCAGGAAUGGCGGCAGGGAGCAUCACUACUCUGCCAACUGGAUCUGAAGAUGGGGGAAACACUCCUUUCCCACCGGGCAACUUUAAGGACCCCAAGAGGCUCUACUGCAAGAAUGGGGGCUUCUUCCUCAGGAUAAACUCAGACGGGAGAGUGGAUGGAUCAAGGGAGAAAAGUGACUUGCACAUAAAAUUACAGCUACAAGCUGUAGAGCGGGGAGUGGUAUCAAUAAAGGGAAUCACUGCAAAUCGCUACCUUGCCAUGAAGGAGGAUGGAAGAUUAACAGCGCUGAAGUGUAUAACAGAUGAAUGCUUCUUUUUUGAACGACUGGAAGCGAAUAACUACAACACUUACCGGUCUCAGAAAUACAGCAGCUGUUAUGUGGCACUGAAGCGAACUGGGCAGUACAAAAAUGGAUCGAGCACUGGACCGGGACAAAAAGCUAUUUUAUUUCUCCCAAUGACAGCAAAGAGAUGAUCUGAAAUGGCCAAUUUUUUUUUAGGUCAUAAGAAUCCCUUUUAUAUUUGUAAUAUUAAAUGUGAGGCUGAGGUACAGCAUUGGUAUAAUGUAUAUUUGUGCAGGCUCUUGAGCCAGUAUUUGAGAGUAAUGAAACAAUAGUUCACUCAGUAUUUAAUCUACAUGUUAAUAUAUUGAAUAUUAUACAUGUAUUUCGAAGUGUCUGGAAUAUUUACAUGAAAAUUCCGUAAAAUACUAUAAAAUUAAAGUACCUGAGUAGAAGGAGAAUUAAAAUGUGAAUCUUAUAAAUUGGUGGCACUAAAUAGGUCUCUGGUAGUGCUUUAUGGUAAAGUAAAUAAGAAAAAGCCCCCAGUAAACAGCUGGGAAUGUCCUCAUGGUUAGGUCAACCAGAUGGAAGCCUUCGUCAUACCCAUAGAGUAGGAAUUUAGCAACUCUGCUUUGUGAUUAUGGUUGUAUUACUACAAUAGGCAAGUUCUAGAAGAUCCACCCAUUCACACUUCAAGCAUUCCUGAUGGCAGAAGUUUAUAACGUAUGACAUUGGCUUUAGGCGAGAAAUCAUGUACAUCAGACUUUCCAAAUACCCCAGGCUUCUGCCUUAUGCUUAAGGACUUAAAUUGCAAAUGAAAACCAGUCUCUACGAUAACUUCCCUAACUGCUGUAGCUCCCACAAUGGAAAGAAAAGAACACCAUUUGCUUCAAGUAUAGCAGCUUUCCAAAAUGUUUAGUGUUGCUUCCAAAACAGGAUACAGACUGUUGCUCACACUAAGUACUAAGUAUAUAGUACUACAUUAGUACCAAUUCAUUCUUAGUUUUACCAUUUGUCAACAGCAUUUUACAGUUCCGUGCACCAGGGGACACAAUUCCUAUAAACCUGAUUAUUCUGAGCAAGACUCAAACAUUACAUUACAAACUUUAUUUUAAAAUAAAGUAGAACUCAGCAAAAAAUAAUUGCAAAAAACAAAUACUGAAUUUCAGGUUAAAAAUCUUACAAGGAUACAUACAUAAUACUGUAUCAGAAGGAAGCUUGUAGCGGAUUUCAAAAGUGAAAAAUGAGUGAAAAGUAUAUUACUACAUGGCUCUUACAUUACUGUUCUUUUUGCAUGCUUCGUAGUACAGGUAUGGGAUACAUGAUCCAAAAACCCAUUAUCCAGAAAGCUCUGAAUUACAGGAAGGUCAUCUCCCAUAAACUCCAUUAUAAUCAGGUAAUUCACAUUUUUAAAAAUUAUUUCCCUUUUCUCUGUAAUGCUAGAAAGAUACCUUGCAUAUGAUCCAAACUGAGAUAUAAUUAAUCCUUAUUGGAGACAAAAAUUCUAUUGGGUUUAUUUAAUGUUUCAAUGUUUU